AUGAAACGAAAGGCCAGUGAAGAAAAACAGACACCCGAGAAAGGCAAGAGAAAGCGCGUGGCCCGGGAAGCUCUUCCAGAGAGCGAAGGAAGGCCAAGGCGGGCACGAAGAGAAGCCAGAGCUUCGUCCAGCAGGGCGCGGCCUUCGCCUGCAAAUGUGCCUCUUUCCAUAAUAGAAGCGGCCCGAAGCUCGCUCGUGCGCCUGCUUUCAAGAACGAACGCGGGCGCUAGAGAAAAUGCAGGAAGCCUUCCGGAAACCGACCCAAGCACGCUUAGACCGAUAACAAGCAUUCAGGAGGGCGAGAGGGAGCUGAACUCUCUUAUUCAGAGCUUUCCAGGAUUCCCAUACAAUGCUUUGCGGUCCAUUAUUAUGGCGGUGCAGAACUUAAGGCAGAUUUCUGGCGCGGAGGAAAGGCCUGCGGGGUCACCCGAGAUAGAAUUCUUCUUUCAAAACACAAUCACGCCGGCAUCUCCCGACGACCCAAACCCGCGCCCGCCGGCAAACAUGGUGUUCACAAUAAUCUACUAUGUAGAUGACAGGCCGGCCAACGUGAAAACACUGGAGCCGGAAGAGCUGGAGACGUUUAUUCCGGAAGUGGCUGCGGACGGAGACGAGGGGCAGUGCUCUAUCUGCAUGCAAAACAUAAUUGCAGAGGAAAUAGUCCGCAAAAUCCGGUGCUCGCACGCGUUUCAUAGCGGGUGCGUCACAGAGUGGCUGCUAAAGUACUCAAACGAGUGCCCGCUGUGCAGGAAAGAGGCAGUGGAAAGCGCGGAAGAGCCUGCCGCCGAGCCUUCGGCAAAAGCCGACAGUAAAUAA